UGAAUAUCUAAGAAAUCCAUUAAAUCAUAUACGAUAUGGCAACUAAACAGAAAUGCAAAUACUGGACAAAAUGCUAUAGAAAAGAUAAAGAUCACAUCAAAAAUUUCUUACAUCCAGAGGAAGAUGGAGACACAGAUACAGAAAUUGAAGAACCCAAGGUUAAAAAUUCUCCCCUGAAACUAAAGAGGCAAAAAACACAUGAACUGAGUGUAACAGAAGAUAUGGAUGUUGAUGUUAGUCGACCAACUCUUAAAAAGCUCAGAUCUCGCUCUGUCAGCAUGGAAAAACCAAAGCCUUCAACCAGCAAUGACAUAGCUGGAACAUCAACAGCUGCAGAAGAUGACCGACCUGACUGUAUUUACUGGGAGAAGUGUUACAGAAAGGACCCAAAUCAUAUCAAACAGUUCAGACACCCAGCUGACGGCCCUCCAAAGAAAACUAAACGACCUAAAGCAGAAAAUAAGAUUGAGGAUGGGGAGGAAAAAUCAGUGGCGGGGGGAUACAGACUGAAAAGAAUAGGCAGCCAUUACACCUGCACAUGCAUUGGGUGGAAAGUACAGAAAAAUGCUCCAAACAAGAGAACUUGCAGACAUCUACGAGAAUAUCUGGGAGAUGAGUUUGAAAAAUCAAGAGUAGGCAAACUCCCUGCAGACAAAAAAGUGACACCAGCUCCCUCUAAAGUUUUCCAACAUAUCAACAUAAGCCUGCUGUUAGCAAACAAAUAUGAUGAAAAAAAAAAUGAUCCUACGAACUGGUGGAUCAGUGAAAAGUUGGAUGGUGUAAGAGCAUUUUGGAAUGGAAGAUGUUUUUAUUCUCGACUUGGCAAUCCUUUCUAUGCUCCAAAAUGGUUUACAAAGGACCUACCUACAGACAUGCAUUUAGACGGAGAGUUGUUUGGGGGCAGGAAGAAGUUUCAGAGCACUGUCAGUAUUGUGAAGACUCCUGAAUGUGACCAGUGGAAGAAAAUUAAAUACCAUGUGUUUGAUGCCCCUAAUCUACAAAAGGAGUCAUUUGAAAAGAGAAUGAAAGCAAUUAAGGACUACUUUGAUGAAGUAGAUCCUGAAUAUGCAAUUAUGUGCAAGCAAGAAAAAUGUACUGGCAAGAAGCAGAUUGAUGAUGAACUUAAGAGAGUUAUUGGCCUUGGUGGGGAGGGACUCAUGAUUCGAGAGCCUGGAUCUCAGUAUGAAAGGCGGAGAUCAAAUACACUGCUCAAGAUUAAAACAUUCUAUGAUGCUGAGGCUGUUGUCAUAGGAUAUGACCCUGGGAAAGGUCGUUUCCAAGGGAAAGUGGGAGCUCUUAGAUGCAAAAUGGCAAAUGGAAAAAUAUUCUCAGUAGGAUCUGGAUUGAGUGACAAAGAUCACAACCGUCCUCCCAAAAUAGGCUCCAUCAUCACAUACAAAUUCCAAGAGUACACAAACUCUGGAUCUCCUAGAUUCCCCACUUUCCUAGGUGUUAGAAUAGACAUGGACAAACCAAAAGACGCAGUAUUACCAGAAAUUAAAAAAGACGAUACUUAAACAAGGAUCCAUUAUCUGACCAAAA